ACUACCAACUAUUAAUUCCCUAGAUUAACAAAAUGGAAGUAUCUCGAAGGUUUUGGCCCCCUACAGGUUAAGUUAUACCUAGAGUGACUAAAACGAUAAUCAUAUUUGGGCGGUGUUGUUUCUUCAAGACUUUUUCAAAAUGCAACCACAAAUAAUCUUGUUGAAAGAAGGGACGGAUACAGCUCAAGGUAAACCACAGCUGAUCUCUAACAUAAAUGCGUGUCAAAUGGUUGUGGAUGCUGUGAGGACCACCUUAGGUCCUCGUGGUAUGGACAAACUGAUUGUCGAUCAACAUGGUAAAAGUACCAUAUCCAACGAUGGUGCAACAAUUCUGAAACUUCUGGACAUCAUUCACCCUGCUGCUAAGACAUUAGUCGAUAUUGCAAAGUCUCAAGAUGCUGAGGUUGGAGAUGGUACAACCAGUGUGGUACUCCUUGCAGGAGAGUUCUUGAAGCAGAUGAAACCAUUUGUUGAAGAGGGAGUGCAUCCUCGUAUCAUCAUCAAAUCCUUCCGCCGUGCAGUUCAACUCGCGAUCGAGAAAAUCCACGCUCUAUGUGUGAAGAUCGAGAAAUCAAACAUUCAGGAACAACGUGGACUCCUAGAAAAAUGUGCUUCCACUGCGAUGAGCUCCAAACUUAUUCACCAUCAGAAGGACUUCUUCAGUAAGAUGGUGGUUGACGCAGUCUUGAUACUUGACGAGCUUUUACCUCUUAAUAUGAUUGGCAUUAAAAAGGUCUCUGGUGGAGCCCUUGAGGAUUCCUUGUUGAUCGCCGGUGUAGCAUUCAAAAAGACCUUCUCAUACGCCGGUUUCGAAAUGCAACCGAAAAAGUACUCCCCAUGCAAGAUUGCAAUGCUUAACAUUGAACUUGAAUUGAAAGCAGAACGUGACAAUGCAGAAGUCCGCGUAGACAAUGUAAAAGAGUACCAGAACAUAGUGGAUGCCGAAUGGCAGAUCCUUUAUCAAAAGCUUGAAAAAAUUCAUAAGAGUGGAGCUAACGUAGUUCUGUCAAAACUUCCGAUCGGAGAUGUGGCCACCCAAUACUUUGCCGACAGGGACAUGUUCUGCGCCGGCAGAGUUCCGGAGGAGGAUCUCAAAAGGACCAUGAAAGCUUGCGGUGGUGCUGUCAUGACUACCGUUAAUGACAUUAGUGAUGCCGUCUUGGGUAAAUGCGAAUCGUUUGAUGAGAAGCAAAUCGGUGGCGAAAGGUUUAACAUCUUCGCCGGUUGUCCAAAUGCGAAAACUUGUACCCUUAUUUUACGUGGUGGAGCGGAACAGUUCUUGGAAGAGACUGAACGGUCUUUACACGACUCGAUCAUGAUCGUCAGGAGGAUGAUAAAGAAUGAUGCUGUGGUAGCCGGUGGUGGAGCUAUCGAGAUGGAGCUCUCGCGAACUUUACGUGACUACUCUCGUACAAUUGCUGGAAAGGAACAGCUUUUGAUUGGAGCAAUUGCUCGCGCUUUGGAAAUAAUUCCAAGGCAACUCUGUGACAAUGCUGGAUUUGAUGCAACGAAUAUUUUAAAUAAGCUGCGUCAGAAACAUCAUCAAGGCAAAUGCUGGUAUGGCGUCGAUAUCAACUCCGAGGAUAUUGCUGACAACAUGGAAGCCUGCGUCUGGGAACCAGCUGUGGUUAAGAUCAAUGCUCUUACUGCAGCGAGUGAGGCUGCUUGUCUUAUUCUUUCAGUGGAUGAAACAGUAAAGAAUCCAAGGAGUGGCGGUGGUGAUGCACCACAAAUGCCGGUGGGCCGUGGUAUUGGCAGGCCCAUGUAAUUACGGACAACAGGCUCUAUAAUUAACAAUUUAUAUAAACAGCUAAUGUGAACCGAUGAUAUGUCCGUCGAAGUGCUUUGUUAGCAAAGGGCGUCAUGAAAGAUUCGACUUCUGAAACAUUCAUGAAUGUUUUUUAUCCAUAGUCAUACAAAAUGUAUAAUCACAAAACGGUUUGAUCGGAGUUUUUUGAUUUAAUUGUGUAUUAACUUAAGUGAUUACACUACAAAAAAAUACUGGUUGCUUCGAAAGUUAUACUUGCAUAAAACGUUCUUAGUCACUCUUUCAUAACAGCAUUUUAUAAUCACAAGCUUUUCACUCGCAAU